AUGGCCGAUCCCGAUGUCGUUCGCCGACAUCUAGUGAACAACGGUGAAUCAAGUGCAUUGAGCACAAGCUUGAAGCAUGCGGCAAAAGGUCAGCUCGGAGGCGGAGGAAUUGACGAUGAAUUCAGUUCCCUGCAGUUACAAGGUGGAGAUAUCACUCGUCAGGUCUACAGAUGGCAAGAGAGUGCUGCUGCGGAGGCAGCCCAGGCGGCUUUGAAGAAGGGAAGGUCGUUGUCGUACUCUGAACCACGAAUGGAUGAGACGGGUGACGAGACGUUGCGCGCCUUGCACAUGCCUGGAGGGUUCCGAAGAAACUUCAUCGCACAAAGGCAUGCCCAGAAUGCGGAGGACGAGGACGGCCCUAGUCAACCUCGUCCCCAGCUCCACCGUCCGGCUCUAACGAAGCAGCCAACGUUCCUCACCAGAAACUUCAUCGAGUUCCUGACUCUCUACGGCCACUUUGCAGGUGAGGAGUUGGAGGAGGAGGAGGAAGAGGAUGAGUACGGAGAGGACGUGGCAGAAGAAGGACGAGCUGUUGCCCCUGAAGGACUCGAUGACAGACAACCACUGCUCGCCAGUCCACGGAAAGCCAGGGCGCACGCUCGUGCACAACAACAGGGCAAUGCCACUGUCACGAAGGCGGUCUUGCUCCUUCUCAAGUCUUUCGUAGGAACGGGUGUUCUUUUCCUUCCCAAGGCCUUCUUGAACGGUGGUAUGCUGUUUUCGUCUCUCUUCCUCCUGGGUAUCUCCGCCGUCUCUUUGUACUGUUUCCUACUCCUGGUGAAUGCUAGACUCGUCAUUCCAGGCAGUUUUGGUGACAUUGGAGGUGCACUUUUUGGACCAAAGAUGCGAUCUGCUAUCCUGUUUUCGAUCGCUAUCUCGCAAAUCGGAUUCGUGUGUGCGUACACUAUCUUCACGGCAGAGAACUUGAGUGCGUUUGUUUCCGCUGUGACCGACUGCCGUGUCAAGAUCGACAUUAUCUGGAUGUUCCUGCUUCAGUUGAUCAUUUUCAUGCCUCUGGCCAUGAUCAGGGAUAUCAACAAGCUCAGUGGAACUGCUUUGGUGGCCGACUUUUUCAUCCUGUUGGGUCUAUUGGGACUGUACUACUACGACAUCCUGACCUUGUCAACGAAUGGACUGGCUGAUAUUGAGUUGUUCAACGCCAACGACUUUACGCUCUUCAUCGGUACUGCCGUCUUCACGUUUGAGGGUAUCGGCUUGAUCAUCCCGGUGCAGGAGGCCAUGGCGAGACCAGAGAAGCUUCCGAAGGUCUUGUCAGGUGUGAUGCUCCUCAUUACCGUGGUCUUCACUUCCAUAGGAGUUUUGAGUUAUGCCGCCUACGGAUCCAGUGUGAAGACCGUUGUCCUUCUCAACCUUCCUCAGGACAGCAAGUUCGUGAACUCAAUGCAGUUCUUGUACUCGUUGGCUAUCCUCCUUUCGACACCGUUACAGUUGUUCCCGGCCAUCCGUAUCAUGGAGCAAUCAUUGUUCACGAAGAGUGGAAAGUACAGCAGCUUGAUCAAAUGGGAGAAGAACCUCUUCCGGUUCGCCCUUGUCAUGUUCUCGACGCUGAUAGCCUGGCUCGGUGCUGCGGACCUGGACAAGUUCGUUUCGCUCAUCGGAUCCUUGGCAUGCGUGCCGCUCGUCUACAUCUAUCCACCGAUGCUGCACUACAGGGCAUGCGCCAAUACCAGAUGGGCCAAACUUGCAGACAUCGCCAUGGGGAUUGCAGGAGUCGGAGUCAUGGUCUACACUACGUCUACGACAAUUCAGAGCUGGGCGGACAAGAGCGCACCUGCCCCCGGUUAUUGUGACAGCCGUUAG